UCAUCAGAUCAGGCGUUUGUAACACUUUUCUGAUUACUAGUACAGUAGUAGUAGCAGGUCUUUCUUACAAGAACUAGCACACUAUCUAGUCAAGGUGUAGCUUGUCGAGUUCUGCUGCGUUCCAUAACAUAAGACAUGGUAGCCUCGCGUGGUGCGGGCGCUUUCCCUCUUCGAAUUUAUUUUGCUUGAGAGAUUUGAGAAUUUAUUUGCAUUGUUGGAGACACAAGUAGCUUCAUCAUGGUUCUCGCCGAUCUUGGCCGUAAGAUUACGACGGCUUUGCACUCGCUGAGCAAAGCCACCGUCAUCAGCGAAGAGGUCGUUGAUGCUAUGCUAAAGGAGAUAUGCGCGGCUCUGCUUGAAUCGGAUGUUAACGUGCGGCUCGUACGAGACCUGCGCAAAAAUGUCAAGGCGGCCAUUGAUUUCGACGAGAUGGCAGCCGGCCUGAACAAGCGUCGCAUCAUCCAGUCUGCUGUCUUCAACGAGCUGUGCAAGCUGGUCGAUCCCGGCGUAAAACCAUGGCAGCCUGUCAAGGGAAAACCAAACGUCAUCAUGUUCGUCGGUCUCCAGGGUAGCGGAAAGACAACUACUGUAUGCAAGCUUGCUCACUUCUACCAACAUCGUAACAACUGGAAGUCGUGUAUAGUGUGCGCAGAUACGUUUCGUGCAGGUGCCUUUGAUCAGAUCAAGCAGAACGCGACCAAGGCAAGAAUUCCGUUCUACGGCAGUUACACCGAAUCAGAUCCGGUGGUGAUAGCUCAGGAAGGUGUUGAGAAGUUCAAGAAAGAUGGAUUCGAGAUAAUUAUCGUUGAUACCAGUGGUCGGCAUAGGCAAGAAGAAGCACUCUUCGAGGAAAUGUUGCAAAUCUCCCAAGUUCUGCAACCCGACAACAUUGUUUUCGUGAUGGAUGCCUCUAUCGGUCAAGCUUGCGAAGCUCAGGCAACGGCGUUCAAAGAGAAAGUUGACGUCGGUGCUGUGAUCAUUACUAAGCUGGAUGGGCACGCCAAGGGUGGUGGUGCCCUGAGCGCUGUGGCGGCCACUCAGAGUCCUGUUGUGUUUAUUGGUGUUGGUGAGCAUAUCGACGAUUUGCAGCAGUUCAAGACAAGACCGUUCAUUAGCAAGCUGCUGGGUAUGGGUGACAUUGAAGGAUUGGUGGAUCGUAUUGGUGAGCUCAAGCUCGACAAGAACCAGGAGCUCAUUGACAAGAUAAGACAUGGUCACUUCACGAUACGAGACAUGUACGAGCAGUUCCAAGGCGUCAUGAAGCUGGGACCGUUCAGUCAGAUCAUGGGAAUGUUCCCUGGCUUGUCGCAAGACCUGAUGGGCAAGGGUGGUGAGCAAGAAGCCAUGGCCAACUUCAAGAGAAUGAUGACCAUCAUGGAUAGCAUGAGUGAUGAAGAGUUGGAUCAUCCGCAAGGCGCUAAGCUGUUUGCCAAGCAGCCCGGUCGUGUGGUGCGUGUAGCGCGGGGUGCAGGCGUCUCUGUUGCUCAGGUACAUCUUGUUCUCACGCAGUCGACGAAGCUAGCACAGAUGGUGAAAAAGAUGGGUGGCAUCAAGGGCCUCUUCAAACGUGGUGACAUGAGCAAGAACGUCAACCCUUCACAGAUGAGACAAGUGCAAAGUCAGAUGGCCAAGAUGAUGGGACCACAAGCACUGCAGAGCAUGGGUGGCAUGGCGGGCAUUCAGAACAUGAUGAAACAGCUGGAACACGGUGGCAUGGACCCCAUGAUGAGCAUGGCAGGGAUGGAGGGUGGUAUGCCUGGUGGUAUGCCCGGCAUGGGACGACCGGCCGGCAGACGCAAGAAGUAAGAACAGACAAAAACCCACGCUGUGCGUGCAAGCACACCCCCGAGCGUCCAAGUCGGAGACAUGUCAGCGUGUCAUAGUUUCACGAGUGCCGGCCGAGAUGAAUUCUGCAGAUAUCCGUGCGAGUUCUGCUUGAUGUUUGCGUUCCGCUACGUUGCAACACUGCCACAUCCCCCCCUCCUAGUGUACAUACCAUAAUCCAAGCUAGCAGCGCUAGCUAUUUUGCCCCCCCCCCCCUCCCCUCCCCUCCUCAUUCGCUCGUGAAUGGCUUUCAAAUACUAUUAAAAUAUGCCGGUACACAGCAGCCUCAUAAUAGUUUCUAUUUUAGCGGUCAUGUCAAAGUUUUGUUUUUCCUCAAAGUCAGCUGUGAUUUGUGUAUUGCCAGCCAACACACGCACUCGCUCUCACUAGUACACGUACAUAUUCUCCUCGCCUGUUGUACAAUGUCGGUUCAUUUCGAACGAGAAGCCUGUGUGUGUGUGUGUGUCCUUGUGUGUGCCGCCCUGUCUGGGAGCAAGGGCUGUUCUCCUAUGCCUGCCACCCUCUCCGAAUUUCUCUCCACAACCAUACACAAUCACAAAAUUUGAAAUUUUGCUGAAUUUUUGCUACCGCAUAAUGCGUUCCCCAUUGCUACUACUACUGGACAUGCACUUGCAGCAGUUUUAGUAGUUCCAUCCAGUCUGCACAACAGCGUAGAGAUCCCUGAGGUCACACAUGGGCUUUCUUCACCAAGAGUACCCAACUUCAAAAUCGUGUUAUAUCGUG